AUGGCUUCUUCUUCCUUCAAUACCUCGAAUUUUUCAUCUUUUCUUCGAAGAAAUUCCUUCGAAGAGAGAGGAAAUCGCUUCCCAUCUCAUAAAAUCUUCCAUUUCACGCCCGAUUUUAUCGUUCCGAAGCUCGUUUCGGAGGAUAACACAUGCAGCACAAGCAGGCGCUUGGGAGUUCGAAUUCCUCGCGCGAAGGAAGCGGAGUCCGUGUCCGUGGUUGUGGAAGAGAAGGGCAAGGAAGAGAAAGGGAGGGCACUGAGAGUCGGACUCAUAUGUGGCGGACCAUCUGCAGAGCGGGGAAUUUCCCUAAAUUCCGCGAGAUCGGUUCUCGAUAAUAUAGAGGGAGAAGAUUUGCAUGUCAGCUGCUAUUACAUUGAUAGCGAUCUCAAUGCUUAUGUGAUAUCCUCUGCCCAGGUAUACUCAAAUACUCCUGCAGAUUUUGAUUUCAAACUUGAAAGCCUUGCCCAAGGUUUCCGUUCAUUGUCUGAAUUUGUAGAACACCUAGUGGCGUCUGUGGAUAUCGUAUUCCCUGUAAUACACGGUCGUUUUGGUGAAGACGGAGGUAUCCAGGAGCUGUUGGAGGGAGCAAACAUUCCAUUUGUUGGCACGCGAUCAAAUGAAUGUCGUCAAUCUUUUGACAAGUAUAAUGCUUCCUUGGAGCUCAACAAGCAUGGAUUUGUAACAGUACCCAGUUUUCUGGUACAGGAGAAUAAUUUGAAUACAUCUGAACUCUCCAAGUGGUUCUCAAGCAAUCAAAUGGACAUUGACUCAGGGAAAGUUAUUGUAAAGCCAGCGAGAGCGGGAUCGAGCAUUGGUGUUACGGUUGCGUAUGGUGUUGAUGAUUCCAUUAAGAAAGCUGGCGAUAUUAUUUCCGAGGGUAUUGAUGAUAAAGUCAUUGUUGAAGUUUUUCUUGAUGGAGGAAGUGAAUUUACAGCUAUUGUCCUUGAUGUUGGGCCUGGUUUAGAUGCCCAUCCUGUGGUUCUCCUCCCAACUGAGGUAGAGCUUCAGUUUUGUGGGAGCAAUGAUGUAAGAGAAAAGGAUGCAAUAUUCAAUUAUAGAAGGAAGUAUCUUCCAACACAACAGGUUGCUUAUCAUACCCCUCCACGUUUCCCCCCUGACGUAAUUGAAUUCAUUAGAAGAGGAGCGUUGCUGUUAUUUCAACGACUUGGCCUACAUGACUUUGCUCGGAUUGAUGGCUGGUUUUUACCUUCUCCACCUCAGGUGUUUACUUCUGCAGAAGAUGAUAAUAACUUUGGCAAUACUAAAUCGGGCACUAUAGUUUUUACAGAUAUCAACCUGAUAAGUGGAAUGGAGCAGACCAGUUUCCUUUUUCAGCAAGCUUCAAAGGUCGGAUUCUCUCAUUCUAACAUCCUCAGAACUAUUAUCCAGCGUGCAUGCUUGCGUUUUCCUGCUCUCGCCUCAUAUAAUAAUGCACGGGAUGUGUUGCCUGCAAGAUUGAAAUCUAAACAGCACACUAAAGCUGUCCCCGAAUGCAGAGGUCUUCAAAAAGUUUUUGUCAUUUUUGGGGGAGACACUUCAGAGCGCCAAGUAUCUCUCAUGAGUGGAACAAAUGUUUGGCUCAACUUACAAGCUUUUGAAGACCUUGAUGUAACACCCUGUCUGCUUACCCCAGAAAAUGGAUAUUCAUCUGCCACACAUCAAGACAAAAAGGAAAAUGAUGCCCAAUCCAGAGUGGUUUGGUCUUUACCAUAUUCUCUUGUACUAAGGCAUACUACAGAGGAAGUCCUUGCUGCAUGUAUAGAGGCAAUUGAACCAGAUAGGGCAGCCAUGACAUCCCACUUACGAAAACAAGUGAUGAUUGAUCUCAUGGAAGGUCUGAAACAACAAAAUUGGUUUACAGGGUUCGACAUAUCUGAUGAUCAACCGAUGAAAUUUACUCUGGAGCAGUGGAUCAAGCAUGCCAAGGAGGUUCAAGCUACAGUCUUCAUUGCAGUACAUGGCGGUAUCGGUGAGGAUGGUACUCUUCAAUCUUUGCUGGAAUCUGCUGGGGUUCCUUAUACAGGUCCUGGUGUCUUGGCUUCCAAAACAUGUAUGGAUAAAGUGGCAACCUCUCUUGCUCUUGGCCAUGUAUGGUAUCUAACGAAUGGGAAUUAUAUGAUCCUCGAUGCAAGGCUAACAAGUUUGGGAGUACUCACCAUACAAAAGGAUGCACGGAGCAAAGAGGAGCUGCUGAAUGCACAUACAUCUGAUAUUUGGCAUGAGCUGACCACAAAGCUUCAAUCUGAAACACUAUGUAUCAAACCAGCUCGAGAUGGAUGCUCAACUGGAGUUGCUCGAUUAUGUUCUGCGGAGGACCUUGCAGUGUACACAGAUGCAUUACGAAAGUGUCUUCUACGUCUUCCUUCCAAUAGUUUUUCAAAGGCUCAUGGGAUGAUUGAGAUGCCAAACCCUCCUCCAGAGUUGUUAAUAUUUGAACCAUUCAUUGAAACUGAUGAAAUUAGUUUUUCAUCAAAAUCAACAAAAGCUGAUGCUCAUCAUCUCAAGUGGGAAGGACAUAGUAGAUGGGUGGAGGUGACAGUUGGUGUUAUAGGCAAGCGAGGAGCAAUGCACUCCUUGAGUCCUAGUAUUACUGUUAAGGAAUCUGGUGACAUUUUAUCGCUUGAGGAGAAAUUCCAAGGUGGCACCGGCAUCAAUUUGACUCCUCCUCCGACAACAAUAAUUGGGAACAAAGCCCUGCAAAGAUGUAAAGAGCGCAUUGAAAUAAUUGCAAAUUCUUUGGAAUUGGAAGGAUUUUCGCGUAUUGAUGCAUUUGUUAAUGUAGACACUGGAGAGGUGUUGGUGAUAGAGGUUAACACCGUACCAGGAAUGACUCCUUCCACUGUCUUGAUUCAUCAGGCGCUUUCUGAGCAGCCUCCCAUGUAUCCUCAGCAAUUCUUCCGUACACUGCUUGAUUUGGCUUCUCAGAGAUCCGUGUAAAUCCAGAUCAUGGAUGGAUGGUGUUUCAAUCAAUUUCUUAGGAUUUGAACAUAAACCUUGUCAAUAAAUGGCUGUGUUGUGCAUUUCUUCUGAUGAAUAUGUUCAAGUGGACCGUUGAUGAAAAAAUUUCGAAAUCAUGGCUUGGGACUUGGACACCUAAAGACCACCAUUGCUCAA